ACCAUUUCUUGGCGCACGGCGAAGGAAGGCCUUGCGGGACGAAAGAGGUGGCAAGCCGCAGGGGACUCUUUCCUUGCGCGUGUCAUCAUAGCAAAGAUGGCGGCGGAUAUGGGAGACACAGUUGAAGAGCACCGAAAGGUUGGGAAGUCAUCAGAGAAAGCAGAAGGAGCUGGGACUGAUGUAGAAGUCUGUACCCCACUCAAUGAUGCAUACAUUAAGCACCCACUUCAGAAUACAUGGACCCUGUGGUUUUUCAAAAAUGAUCGUACGAAGGCAUGGGAGGAGAACCAAGUUGAGAUCACUAGCUUUGCCACUGUUGAAGACUUCUGGGCGCUGUACAACUACAUAGAGGUGGCGAGUCACUUGCCAGCUGGGACAGACUACUCCCUCUUCAAGAAGGGAAUUAAACCAAUGUGGGAAGAUGAUCGAAACAAGAAAGGUGGAAGGUGGCUCUUGAACCUCAACAAGUCACAGCGUUUCGCUGACUUAGAUAAUCUCUGGCUUGAAGUGCUGCUUUGCCUGAUUGGGGAGGCAUUUGAAGAUGAGAGUGAAGAAAUGUGUGGGGCUGUGGUGAACAUCCGCAACAAAGGUGACAAGAUCGGUGUGUGGACUGCCACUUCUGAGAAGCCUGAAUCUGUCAUGAAGAUUGGGUGA